ACCGCACGUCACCCCUUGUUUACAGUGCGAAACGAGAUCUAUCAUUGUCCAGUUUUCGGUUCCACGUGGCCUUUCAAUUUGCCGCGCGAAACAAUACUUUUCCUACAACACACUGUCUGUAGUGCAAAAUAAAGUCUAGUCUAUAACGCACGCGACACUCAUAUCUAUCCCUGUUUAACAUCUAGUGCACAAUAAAGAUGAAAUGAUUUUAUAAAAAUAUAUGAGCAUCAAGUGCUAUGUCGAUAUGAUAGAUUUCCUAACCUCUAAGAGUGUCGUCGCUUAACGCUUAGUUAUUCUGUUUAAAACAGCGAGACAAUUUUUUUCCUUUCAAAUCUUUAUUUUUACAUAAAAGGACAUCGGUUAAAUAUAUGUUUAUUAAAAUAUAAAAAAUAAAUUAAAUUUUAUCGUAUUACAAAAUCGUACUUAAAACGAUUUCAGAUAAAGGAAUGCAAUUUAAAUGCUGAAAAGUGCUACGACUAGAAGACAUCUAUCACUUUUGUAUUUGGUUAUGAUCUAUAAUAUAAUAUUUUUGAUAUCUCAUGGAAAGCAGUGAAAAAGGCACUAAUGAAUCAGGCUCUGAUCUGGACUGUCCAGAAACUUCUAAUAACUGGAAUAACUUAGAAAGACCAUACGAAUGGACUUACACAAUGAGAAGAAAUAUGCAGGAAGUGGUACCUGGUGUGUUUCUUGGACCAUAUAGUGCUGCUAGUCGAUCUAAAUUACAAUCUCUACUAGAACAUAGGAUAACACAUAUAGUUUGUGUCAGACAUGCUAUUGAGGCAAACCUUAUAAGGCCAAAUUUUCCUAAUCACUUCAAAUAUCUAGUCCUAGAAAUCGCUGAUACGAUGACAGAAAAUAUCAUUCAACACUUCAAAACAGUAAAGACAUUCAUUGACGAAGGCUUAAAUUCGGGUGGUCGAGUUCUUGUUCAUGGAAAUGCUGGUAUUUCAAGAUCUGCAGCAUUAGUUAUGGCAUAUGUUAUGGAAACAUAUGGAUAUUCACAAUCGCAUGCAUUCAUGAUAGUGCAACAGAAAAGAUUUUGUAUAAAUCCAAAUGAAAGUUUUAUGACACAAUUAAGAGAGUACGAACCCAUCUAUCAAGCUAAAAAAACUUUGAAAAAUGAUCAACAGAAUCUAACAAGUCGACAUAGCAAGCGAAAAAUCCACCAGAUUGAAACGGAUAAUCAAACGCAAGAUAAAAUUGAUACAAUGGACAGUUGAUGAUAAUUCAUAGAAAAUGAAGAAGAAACCAAAGCUCAUAUUAGAUUGAAUAAAAAUUUCUUUUUCUGUCGACAUUUCAAUUUUUAUUCCGUCUUUUAUCUAUCGUUUGAAAUAUGUAUAGGAAUUCUGUAAUAAGGAUGUACUGGAUAUUUGACAAUUAUUCGCUAUCUGACUGGAUUACAAA